UCAUGAGAUUAUCAGAAUCAGGUUUAAUAUCACCAGCAUAUGUUGUGAAAUUUGUUAACCUUGCAGCACCAGUACAAUGCAAUACAUGAUAAUAUAGAGAAAAAAAUGAAUUAUCAUGAAGUGUAUAUAUAUGUGUGUGUGUGUGUGUGUGUGUGUGUGUAUAUAUAUAGUGUUACAUUAAAUAACUAGUACAAAAAUAGAAAUAAAAAUAAUGAGAUAGUGUUCAUGGGUUCAAUGUCCAUUCAGAAAUUGAAUGGCCGAGGGGGAGAAGCUGUUCCUGAAUCGUUGAGUGCGUCUUGUUUUAAAUAACUGGUCCCUUAUUCAUGCCCCUUCGGCCAGACUUUCUCACUAAUAAUGAUCACAUGAUAAUAUCUACUCAGGCAUUCUUCUGAAUUCCAAAGGACUCUCUGGACAACCGGCAGAGUGGGGAGAGGGGAGCCAGCGGCGUCGCCCAGCCCCAGGAAGCUCCGGCUGUGCUGUGCCGCCCCUUCGCAGUGGGGCUGCGCGUCGCCGGCUGCCGCUUCCAUUGAACCGCGCAGUUUAUUUGCCGCCGGGCCGGGCGCCGUGGACUUUCCCUCCGCGGCCUGGGAGAAGAGCGGGGCCGGCUCAUUCAUGCCCGCUCUCCUGGGCGGCAUCCUUCGCCUACUGCAGCGUUCGUGCUCGGCGGCCUGCUGGGCGCCGGGUCCAGGGAUGCAGAUGGCCGUGGUCCGCUGCGUCCCGGGCGAGGCUAAAAUGACCAUCUCGUUCGAGCUGGACGGCGGGCACCGGCGGCUGGAGCGGGAGCAGAGCGAGUGCCUGCGGGCCGCGCUGGCUCGCAUCGCGCACAACGUGCUGAAGGCGCAAACCAAGCCCAGGAAAGGGCGGAAGGCGGCCGAGCAGGCCCAGGCCCAGGCCCAGGCCGCGGCCCCAGAUGUGGGCCUGUACCUGGAAGAGCAGGCCGUGCCCGGCGACACCAGGAACGCCGACGCCUGGCAGGACGGCGCGGAGCUGCGUGUGGGGGAAGCGCGGUACCAGGUGCAGCGAAACCCGCCGACGCUGACCCGCCUCGAGUUACCCGCUUCGAUCCUGGCCGGCUUCCCGGUCUGCCCGCAGGUCCGGAUCGAGUUCGGCGAGCCGGCCAGCUCGCACUUCGAGUGGCUGAGGGAGGCCGCGGGCACCUGGGAGCCGGCGGCGAGCGGCAGAGUCUUCACCCCCGGCCACGGCCUCGUCGGCUCCAGGCUGAAGCUGCGCUGCUGCCCGGGCGACGGCAGCCGGUUCGGGCCGGCGGCCGAGCUGCAGAGCGCGGGCGCCGUGGAGGCCGGCCCGGGGGUCUGCACCUUCGACAGCCGCCACUCGUUCACUCGCCAGGCGGUGGCCGGAACGCUGCUCCGGGUGGUUUCCUACAACAUCCUGGCCGAUGUGUACGCGCAGACCGAGCUGUCCAAAACCACCCUGUACCCCUACUGCGCGCCGUACGCCCUCCACGCCGACUACCGGCAGAACCUGAUCAAGAAGGAGCUCAGCGGCUACCACGCCGACAUCCUCUGCCUGCAGGAGGUGGACAAGCACCUCUUCCACGACAGCCUGUCGCCUGCCCUGGACGCUUUCGGCUUUCACGGCCUGUUUCGGAUCAAGGAGAAGCAGCACGAAGGUCUCGCUACUUUCUUCAGAGCCUCCAAGUACCGACUACUAAGCCAGCAUGAUGUGACCUUCAGUGAGGCUCUGGCUUCGGAUCCCUUGCACGCCGAUGUUCUGCAAAAGAUUUCUGCAAACCCCUCUGUCAAAGAGAAGGUGCUGCAAAGAUCAACCGCCUUACAGGUUUGUGUACUUCAGUCUCUUGAAGAUUCAGCAAGGAAAGUAUGUAUUGGUAAUACUCAUCUUUACUGGCACCCAAAAGGAGGGCAUAUUCGUCUUAUUCAGAUAGCAAUCGCAUUUCGUCAUCUGCAUCAAAUUACUUCAGAGAUGUAUCCUAAUACACCGAUAAUCUUUUGUGGUGACUUUAAUAGCAUCCCGAAUUCAGGAUUGUAUGAAUUUGUUACCAAAGGAAGCAUUUCUGCAGAUCACCAUGACUGGUCUUCAAAUGGUGAAGAAGAACAAUGCCCGAUGUCUCUUACUCACUCAUUUGAACUUAGAAGUGCUUGUGGAGAACCUGCUUACACAAAUUAUGUAGGUGGCUUUCAAGGCUGUUUGGACUAUAUUUUUAUGGAUACGAACACAUUUGAAAUUGCUGAGGUGAUUCCUUUUCCAACUCAUGAGGAAAUCACCUGCCAUGUGGCCCUGCCAAGUGUUUCACAUCCAUCAGAUCACAUUGCACUUGUCUGUGAUCUUCAGUGGAAAUGAACAGUGCCCUCUUGUCAGCUACUUUACUAAUGGUAAAUAGCAUUGUGUGAAUUUACAAGGAUAUAACUUUACAAAGUAAAUAAGUGUAUAAGCAUCUUUGGAGAUGGUGAGUGAAUGAGAUUUUGUUUAACAGGACACUGCAGUAAUCAGAAUCAUAGGGCAGCAGAAACUGGAUAGAAUACAUUUAAAAUUUUAAGUGUAACUUGUGAUCAGAAUAAUCCAAAAUAAUGUAAAAAAUAAAAUCAAGCAUGAUUGGAAUUUCUUCUAAAUAAACUUAACUGAGCAAAAUCACUCGUCUGCCUGCAGUUCACACUGUGAUUCAACACAAGUUUAGUUAUCAAUGCAGAUAAUGUAUACACAUGCAAACUGCCAAAAUGUCAAAGUGAAAAUAUACCUUAAUUAAUGUGCAUUUCCAAGUUCAUAGUACUUCAAAAAUAGUGUAACACAUACAAGAAAUGCUGGCGGGAAUCUAUGGAAAUGAAUAAAUAGUUGAUGUUUCAGGCUGAGACUCUUCAGGACUGGAAAGGAAUGGUGAUGCAGGAAAAGAUGAUUUAAAAUAUUUUCUCUUCACAUGACCUAAACACAAUUCAGUGGGAAUGGGAAGUGCCUGGAUUAGAAUAAAUAUCUAAUGCAAUAAAAUGAAAAUUAAUUUAGAUCAAAAUAAGUAAGCUGAAGUCUGAACUAGUAUGCUAACUGUAAGCCAAGAUGUAGCUGUUGCCCUGUAGCCCAAUGCCUCUUCACCCCUCCCAAGUUUUACAAUCAACAACGUAAAAUUGCUGUGCUUCUAUUAGGAAACUUCCACUAACAUCUUAUACCAAAACCCCAAUCCAAGUAAAUAUUUACUAUAUUUCUUGGGUGAACUUCCAUUUCUUAAUGUGGUUUCAAUGGCACUGAUAUACUGUCAAAUACUAAUUAAGAAAUCAUAGAACUCAAAAUAUACAACUUUAGUUAUUUACAUGAAUUGGACAAAUGCAUUCAAAGGGGAGCUAGACAAACAGUUGGAGAAGUGAAGAGGAAAUACACCCUGUUUAAUGAAGGUGGCAGGAGCCUGGGUGGAAAAAUGGAUUAUAAGGAAGGUACAAUACAAAAGCAAUGGGAAAAUAUUCUAUCAAAACCAGUUAAUGAAAAAACUGUCAUUCUGUUUCUGUCCCCAACUAAACUGACAGAUUGUUCAUUUUCUGUAACCCACCCAUAAUGAUUUGCAGCUAUCACACAUCAAAUGUGUUCUCGCUGAAGUGAUAAUCAUUACAUGUACUUUUCUCACCUGAUUAACAAUCAUUACAAAUUUGGAAAAAAAAUAAUUUUACCUGUGCUCAAAUAACACAUUUACUUAGAAUAAGUCAGCCAUGUUACUUUUAUUGAUAGCCAUCCAUUGUUGUUUCUUUGAUAUUCUAAUAUAUAAACACAAACUAGGAACAUACACCUUGUUAAACAGUGAAUGUCAAAAAUCCUGAUGGUCUUUGCAAAACACACCUGUUUAUUCCAUUCCAUAGAUGCUGCAAGACCCGCUGAAUUUCUCCAGCAUUUUGUGGCUAUGGAUUUCUAACAUCUCAAAGAUUUUUACUGCUCCACACGAAAGUCACUGUGAGGGAUGCCUACCCUUAAAUUUAAAUCUUUUCUUUGAUGGGAGUUCAGUGAGACCCCUCUGAUUUCUGCUGCCCUAUGAUUCUUCAAUCAUUUACUCAUCUAGACUGGGAGUGGGGUGGAAUUCUCUCCUCAUCUCUUCUAUUCCUCACCAUCUUCUUACCUCUUCUAAACAGCAACUGGAUAGAAUACAUUUAAAAUUUUAAGUGUAACUUGUGAUCUGCAAACAAAU